AUGACCACUGGCAGCUGGUUCGUGGCUUUUGGCAGCUCAGAGCUGGAAGAGGCACUGGAAAACGCAGAAGAAACGCUCAGGGAGGCCUAUGUGAUCCCUGCCGCCGUGAAGCUUCAGGACUCAAAUCCCUUUGUACCCACCUUUAUUUGGAGAAGACCUGUGGCCUUGCUCUUUGCGAAGCACCAGCUCUACCGCUACCAUGGGCCAAAGAUUGCUGAAGAGCUGGUGGCCUUUGCUGAAAAGGCUUUGAAUGGGGAAAUGCAAGGGGAGCAGAUCCCUCCAGAGGUCAGCUUCUUAGGAAAGUUGUGGCAGCGUUUCAUGGGUCAAGGUGAGCUGUAA